UUGUCUUACUGCUAUAACAGGGCUGGGGAUUGCAGUAUCCGCUGUUGCUGCUGAUCCCAGUCUUGCCCCUGCUGCUACCUAGUCCUGCCUCCCUGCAUCCCAGAAGAGCCACGUCGGCCUGCCUUUCCGUGUUGGAUUUUCCAAAACAGCUCUUCGGUUUUUGGUGCUGUAGGAGACCUUGCUUUUCAAUCACACGGGAGAACACUGAAGCUUGUAAGAGGAGAAUCUGGCAGCUGGACACAGCUUGGACUGCAUUGUCUGUCUUCAUGACCUCUGCUGUGUAGCAGCUCAUCUCUCCACUCUCACACGUACACUCUCCUCGAUUUUUCUUCCUUCCUUUUUUUCCUUUCUUCUAAUCUUUUAAAAGCAGCCUCUGGAGCCAGCCAUGUUUGGCACUGAAUCUUCAUUGAGCAUGUUUUUGAACACAUUAACACCGAAGUUCUACGUGGCCCUGACAGGCACUUCGUCACUAAUAUCAGGGCUUAUUUUGAUAUUUGAAUGGUGGUAUUUUCGCAAAUAUGGAACAUCAUUCAUUGAACAAGUCUCAGUAAGCCACUUGCGCCCCCUUCUGGGAGGGGUUGACAACAACUCCUCCAACAAUUCUAACUCCAGUAAUGGGGACUCAGAUUCCAACAGGCAAAGCGUCUCAGAAUGCAAAGUAUGGCGAAAUCCACUAAAUUUAUUUAGGGGUGCUGAAUAUAAUCGGUACACUUGGGUGACUGGACGAGAGCCUCUGACUUACUAUGACAUGAACCUCUCUGCCCAGGACCACCAGACAUUCUUUACUUGUGACUCGGACCAUCUGCGUCCUGCAGAUGCAAUAAUGCAGAAAGCCUGGAGAGAGAGAAACCCCCAAGCUAGGAUUUCUGCAGCCCAUGAAGCCUUAGAGAUAAAUGAAAUUAGGUCCAGAGUUGAAGUUCCCCUAAUUGCUUCCUCUACCAUCUGGGAGAUAAAAUUAUUACCAAAGUGUGCAACUGCUUAUAUUCUCUUGGCUGAAGAAGAAGCAACAACCAUUGCUGAAGCAGAAAAGCUGUUUAAGCAGGCCCUGAAAGCUGGAGAUGGCUGUUACCGGCGUUCUCAGCAGCUACAGCAUCAUGGAUCCCAGUAUGAAGCCCAACAUAGACGAGACACCAAUGUCUUGGUCUACAUCAAAAGAAGGCUAGCAAUGUGUGCCAGAAGACUCGGGAGGACCAGAGAAGCAGUGAAAAUGAUGAGAGAUUUAAUGAAGGAGUUCCCUCUCCUGAGCAUGUUCAACAUCCAUGAAAACCUUUUAGAAGCCCUUCUGGAACUACAAGCAUAUGCUGAUGUUCAGGCGGUCUUAGCAAAGUAUGAUGAUAUAAGCUUACCAAAGUCGGCAACGAUAUGCUACACAGCAGCCUUGCUCAAAGCGAGAGCUGUCUCUGACAAAUUCUCUCCCGAGGCUGCAUCUCGGCGGGGGCUGAGCACAGCAGAGAUGAAUGCAGUAGAGGCCAUUCAUAGAGCUGUGGAAUUCAAUCCUCAUGUGCCAAAAUACCUACUAGAAAUGAAAAGCUUAAUCCUGCCCCCAGAACAUAUCCUGAAGAGAGGGGACAGUGAAGCAAUAGCAUAUGCGUUCUUUCAUCUGGCACACUGGAAGAGGGUAGAAGGGGCUUUGAAUCUUCUGCAUUGUACGUGGGAAGGCACUUUUCGGAUGAUCCCUUAUCCCUUGGAAAAGGGGCAUCUAUUUUAUCCUUACCCCAUCUGUACAGAAACAGCAGAUCGUGAGCUGCUUCCAUCUUUCCAUGAAGUCUCAGUUUACCCAAAAAAGGAGCUUCCCUUCUUUAUCCUCUUCACUGCUGGAUUGUGUUCCUUCACAGCCAUGCUGGCCCUCCUGACACAUCAGUUCCCGGAACUCAUGGGGGUCUUUGCGAAAGCUAUGAUUGACAUUUUCUGCUCGGCAGAGUUCAGGGACUGGAAUUGCAAGAGUAUUUUCAUGCGUGUUGAAGAUGAACUGGAAAUCCCACCGGCACCUCAAUCUCAUCAUUUUCAAAACUGAACUCAUCACCCUUCUUCCCCCACCACCACAACUGCUCCUUCUCCUGUAUUCCUGAUCUCCGCCAGUGGCACUGAUAUCCACCCAGUUACUCAAGCCAGAAACUCAGCAGCCCUCCCAAACUCUUCCCUCUCUCACUCCUUAUAUCCUGUCUGUCUUGGCUUUCACAGUCUGUCGGCUCUAACCUCCUGAGCCACUAGGCAUUCGGUAAAUGUAAUUCACCUCUUCUUCUCCCAUGGCUGUCUCUUAGUUUGGAUCUUUGUGAUUUCUUGCCUGGACACCUGCAAGAGUCUUAACUGGUCUCCUUGCUUCCAGUCUUAUCCUCUGCCAGUAUUUCUUUCAUACUGACAAAAGAAUGAUCUUUCUAAAUUGCAAGUCUGAGCACGUCACUUCCCUGCUUGAAUUUCUUCAGUAGUUUCCCACCAGCAUCAGGAUAAAGUCCCAGAUCUUUAGCAUGGCAUACAGGGUCCUUUAUGAUCUGGCCCUUGCUUUCCUCUUCAGCCCCAUCUCUCUCCCAACUCUUGCACAGACACUGGUCUUGGGCCACAGUGAAUUGCUCACCAUUCCCAGAUGCUUUUGUGAGCCUCGGUGCCUUUGCACGUACUGUUUGCUCUGCAUGGAAUGCCCUUCCCCAUUAUCAUCAGCACUUGUACAGUCUACUAACGCCUCUUCAUUCUUUUAUACUCAGCUUCCUUUCUAAGUUUCUCCCAAGCUGAGUUAGAUGUUUCUCCUCUCAGCUCCCACAGUAUUCCAUGAAUACCUAUAUUACGUUUAUUGUACUGUAUUAUAAUUGUUAAAAACUUGUCUGACCCCCUUGUAGAAUGUGAGCUCUUUGCGAGCAGGACUGUGUCUUCCUCAUCUCUGUAUCCCCAAAGCUUUGCACAGUGCCUUGCACAUAGUAGGUUUUCAAUAAAUGAUUAUUAAAUAAAUAAA